GGAGCGAAGAGGUGGAGGAGUGCAGUGUGGUAGAGCAAUGAGGCGGGAAGGUAAUCCUCCUCUGGAAGACGAGUAGGUGUUAAUCCGAGGUCAUCCCCAGGUCACAAUGCUGGGUCAGGUAGCAGCAGGUGGCCAGGGAGCAGGUAGAGGCGGUAUCGACGGUCACUCAGAAAGGGGCUUAGCGGUGGAGUGCUAAUCCAACACAGGUGGCGAGACAGAUGUGAAGACUCGCUGCUGUGCCUGGGAACAGACUGCACAGCCUCGGUGGUGAGCAGCCUGCUCAUUGCCCCCACCUGAGUGACGAGUCCUCCACUGCACUGCACCUGACCAGACUUCAACAGCAGGAUGGGCGGGCCUGGGGAGACCUCAGGGAGUCGGCAGGGGCCUGAUGGAAGGCCGCGGCGGCGACACACUCGGCGAUCCCGAUACCACACACGCACUCCACUCACUGUCUGUCAGACUGUCACCAUGAUUUCACUUAGUCACAAAAAAAUUAACUUGCUAUGUAGUGAUUCUGGAAGUAGGUUUCUUGAUGAAAGGGGAGAGGGGGCUGGAGGGGAAGGGGAGAGGCCAACAGGCUGGCCCCGGGCUACUCCAUGCGGAGCGCCAUGACCCACGUCUGACCUCGGUCAGGACUGGGCGUGACUCAGUCGUUGUCUUUCCCUGUAAUCCCAAGCCAUUCAUAACACCAUGCAGUCGUAUUUUGACUAUGUGUAUAUUCCACAAAUAGAUAACGCACAGAAUAACAGUGAGACAGAUUGCCAUGUGCAGGUCAUCGCUAGAUCUGUCAACAAUGGAGGUUUGCCCGGCCCAAGCCACAGAGCUCAAGUUAGAGUAUAGUGACUUUAUUUUGUUGUGAUUUAACCGUGCAGCAGCGAUGGGCCAAAUUUGUGGCUUUACUGUGUAGCAGCGAUGGGCCAAAUUUGUGGCUUUACUGUGUAGCAGCGACGGGCCAAAUUUGUGGCUUUACCGUGUAGCAGCGAUGGGCCAAAUUUGUGGCUUUACUGUGUAGCAGCGAUGGGCCAAAUUUGUGGCUUUACCGUGUAGCAGCGACGGGCCAAAUUUGUGGCUUUACCGUGUAGCAGCGACGGGCCAAAUUUGUGGCUUUACCGUGUAGCAGCGAUGGGCCAAAUUUGUGGCUUUACCGUGUAGCAGCGAUGGGCCAAAUUUGUGUCUUUACCGUGUAGCAGCGACGGGCCAAAUUUGAGGCUUUACCGUGUAGCAGCGACGGGCCAAAUUUGUGUCUUUACCGUGUAGCAGCGACGGGCCAAAUUUGAGGCUUUACCGUGUAGCAGCGACGGGCCAAAUUUGUGUCUUUACCGUGUAGCAGCGACGGGCCAAAUUUGAGGCUUUACCGUGUAGCAGCGACGGGCCUAAUUUGUGGCUUUACCGUGUAGCAGCGACGGGCCAAAUUUGUGGCUUUACCGUGUAGCAGCGACGGGCCAAAUUUGUGGCUUUACCGUGUAGCAGCGACGGGCCAAAUUUGUGGCUUUACCGUGUAGCAGCGACGGGCCUAAUUUGUGACUUUACCGUGUUGCAGCGAAUGGACAAAUUUGUGCCAUGAUAUAAACCCCCCAAAAAGAUGACACAUAAUCUGAUCACAAAUGCUUUGAUAUAUAAUAUGAAAUGGUUUGUGUGAGGGGUGAUUUUUUCUCACUUUCUCGCUUAGAGGGACCAUUAAGAAACAUGAUCCCAGCUGCUACCGGGUUAAUUAUUUUUUUUUUUGUGUGUGUGUGUGUGUAUGUAUAGUGAGUGACCUGUUUGCCCCCCUUCCAGCACUGCCGACACUCCCUGAAGGCCUACAACAGCACGCUUGGGGGCAGUCGACAGGUGUUCGCCGUGCCCUGCUACACUAUGCACAUUGGGAACCUCAAGCUGUGCAAGCCUAAGAGUGUGAGUUACCCGAGGGUUUGGAUUGACAUCAACCUGGCCACCUCCUCCAUCCUCAUCCUGUGCCAGGUGGAGAGCACGGCCCAGCCCGCCCACCCGGUACUGCCAGAAGAAGACAAGGAGGAGGAGGAGGUGGAAGAGGAAUCAUUUGAGACUAGAAGAAGAAGAAGAGGAAGAGGAAGAGGAAGACUGACAGACAGACAUUCCAUUGAAUUGAAUGGCUGGCGUCUCGGUCUGCCUGCCUGCUGGACGCCGCACACUCUGGAACAAGAAAGAACACCAAGAUGUCAAGUUCCUGCAGAAUCAGCCUCUUAGUGAAGGAAAUGUGCUCUAUUUAUUUAAUAAAUAAUUGACAAAAAAAUAA